UGCUUGGUCCGCCUCUCCCUUACCGUCAAAACUCGGCUGUUGUCGUCUAGAAGCGUCCAAGUGGAGGAGGAAAAGGAAGGAAAAGGGGGGAGACUGGUCGUACUAGGAAGCAGAAAAAAGUAAACGACAAUUAACUAAUAACACCGUUCGUCAGCGUAAAGUGAAAGUGGGGCGACUCGGCAGCUGUGAAGUCGACAGUGUGGUACAUGGAGAGCUGGUUUUCCACAGUCUGUGCUGUAAACACAUUAGUGUAGUUGUGACAUUGCGCCGUGAGCGACAGAGCAGAGGGAAAAGGUCUCCUCCCAGUCUGUUGACGGAUACAGUUUGGCUCCAGUGAAGGGAGACACGGCUCAGACUUGACUGUACGUUUACCCCGGCCAGUGUUGAUUGCCCAGCAUGUCUUCGAAGGCUCACAGUUCCAACAACAUCGCCCAUGCUCGGCGGACGGUGCAGCAGCUGAGGAUAGAGGCAAGCAUUGAGAGGAUAAAGGUUUCCAAGGCCUCUGCGGACCUUAUGAACUACUGCAGCGAACACGCCAGGAACGAUCCUCUCCUUAUGGGCAUUCCAGCUUCAGACAAUCCCUUCAAGGACAAAAAACCCUGCAAUAUAUUGUAGUGGAUGCCACUUAGCCUUUUAUGUGUUUAUUUUUGCUUAUUAAUGCCGCUGCAUUCUAUUUGUUGGGAGGAUUGAGGGGUGGACUGUGAUCGUAUCAUUACCAUGUGUUCACCUGUUCUGUUAACAAUUCACCAAUUAAUCUGCGAUUUUUCCACAAAAACAGCUUUUUGUAAAGAGCAAAGUAAGUGUUGUGUGUGGCUGCCUGUAUUCACUGCAACUGUUCUCCUCGGCAGUGCCACCAUUCAGUUUGAGUUCUGACCACUAACAAGACUUUGGCUGCAUGAGUUAUGAUGGCAUCAGGUACAUUAUGUUGCUUAAAUAAUCAACUACAAAUAUUGUUUUCUGAAUACUUUAACAGCGCUGGCACUCCUCAGUGAUGGAUUUGAUCCUUCAUCUAAACACAGUUUUAUCUCCAUUGGACAGUGACUGUUAUUAUCUCUCUGUUUUGCCUCAAGUGGAUUCAUACAGCCAAAGUUUCCCUUUCACCCCUUUACAGCAGAUCAGUUUUAAGAUGGAUAUUACCUACACUGUAACAUCUAGUGUUAAAGUAUUCUGCAAGUCACCACAGCCGCAGCAACUCCUACAGGUCCACGACAAUCCAUAUCCCAUUUAAUCCAUCCAUGAUAGUGUUGUCUUAAGUUGAUUUAAUGACUUGUCAUGUUGAAAUAAGAUUCCAAGAUUAUGUUUGCUUAGAUUUAAGCCAACGGGAUAAAGUGAUCCCAAUGCUGUGACGUUUUUGGAAAUGUGUCAUCUGUACAUGUAAGAUACAGACUGAAUGAAGCUAAAAUGCAAAGAUACUUUAUCAGUCAUACUGGGCACUACCUGCACUCUUGAAGUCAACAGUUUAAUAUUAAAGCAGUGCAAAAAGUAUAUUUUUGUUACUGUAGGUGUCAGCUGACAUUGGGUGCGGGGCAACUCUGUGUAACAAAGAUACUUAACAGCCAAACCAAUGAUGCAGCAUUACAAAACAUCUCAAUAUGCGUCUGAAUGGGACCAUUUUAACCAUUCCUUCUGAAAACUUUCCUGUGGUACGCUAUUUAUAGGAUGCUGUCGUCACUGAAGCACGUCAGCCAGCUAAGAGGAGCAAGUGUUACGUAACACUGUGAGCCACGCCCACUUGCUCAUCACAACAACUGUCUUAGUCAAGCGAAUGCGCACAUCGUUGUCUUAAAAGUGUUUUUGGUGUGACGUAGGUACAGGUACAACUGUUAGUGUGCAUUGAUGAUGAAACCAAUCUCCCAAGAUUGCUCUCCAGUUUUUUUUCACUUUAAACUAACAUUUUUGUCGGUGGAGGUUUUCAAUCUUCAGUCUAACAUGUCCUGCAUGUUGUGAUUUGCUGGGGGAACUUAUCUGCUAUGGUAAAUUUAACAAAAACAGAAUAGAUAGUAUAAAUUUAAAUUUCUUACACUCUAAAGCCUUACUUAUGUUUGCCUUGUAUUAUGAAGAACACUUUAGGGAGGACUUUCUGUAGAACAACAACAAACAAAAAAAGACGUUUCUAUCAAAUGUUUUUAUCUGCAGGAUGAAAGUGAUUUGUAACAAUAUUGUGCCAUUGUUUUGUCUACACGUGUCUCUUGUAAAACAUGUUAAAUCGUGUUUGACUUGCCUGGUGCUCCGCUUUUCAGCAGUUUUGGUAUUGUUGCCUUCUCCAAAGGGUACUUACAGGUCUUCAAAUCAGCAAGAUCUAGUGUUAUUAUCCAAUUGUAUUUUUUAUGAUUGUCUCUUAACUGUCAGUUCUUCUUACUUGCAAUAAAUCACUCCUGUAUGCCUCUUAAGGAAAAGCUGAGAUUACCACUGCCAUGUCAUAAUUUCAGUCCAUUCAGCAACUCCGUAACGGCCUUAUUGUACCACUGAUGGAUUAAUUUAACUGUCAAAAACUGCAUUUUGAUAAAUGUCUUUAUUAAUAUACCAACCUUUGUAUGAAGACUUAACUAAGAUUAAUUAAGUGAAGCAUUCCUACAGUACAAUACUGUACUAAUAUCUCAAUAA